AAAUAUUGGUGCAUAGUGAAAAUAAAGAAACAAGAGAUAAUUACUACAAACCAAUACUUCAACGCUUCUUUCGCCCUCAUUUCAGUGCUUCCAAACCAAACGAAACUCUCUUGCGGUUUCCCCUCUCUGUCUUCUUCACACUUUUAUUUUUUUAUCAGAGAAAGAAACUAAGAAAGUAAAGAAGAGAAUAAUGGAAAUUGUGGUGGCGGAAGCGUUGAAACCAAGCUUGAGGACAGAGUCUGUUUUUUCGCAAACUAUUAGCGAGGAUAUUUUGUGUUUGAACGCGAAUAACGUUGUUGUCGGUGAAGAUUUCUCUGUCGACGACUUGCUUGAUUUUUCAAACGGCAAAGAGAUUGAUAAUUACGAGGAGGAAGAAGAAGAACAUGAGAAAAACAGCACCAGUUCAGGUUCUGAGCAUGACCGAACAGAAGACGACGGAAAUUCCAAUUCCUUAACGUUUUCCGGUACCGGCGAGUCUGACUCCAUUUUUGCCGGCGAAUUAGCAGUUCCGGCUGAUGAUGUUGCGGAUUUGGAAUGGGUCUCUCACUUUGUGGACGACUCACUGCCGGAGCUUUCUCUAUUGUAUCCAGUUCAAGCCCGGGUUGAACCGGAACCUAGACCGGGUCUAAGCCCAAGCCCAAGCCCAACCAAAGCUCCUUCUCAUGUCAUGUUAAUCCGGAGAAAGCCUAGAACUAGCAAGACUAGAAGGCCUAACUCUAACACGUGGUCCUUCAACCCUAUUCUGUGUAAAGCAAAGAAGCAGAGGAAAAAGCCCGAGGCUCAGACAGGUGGAACUCAGUUUCAGAGACGGUGUAGCCAUUGCCAGGUGCAGAAAACGCCACAGUGGAGAACCGGUCCGCUUGGACCGAAAACACUAUGUAACGCUUGUGGUGUUCGGUAUAAGUCCGGUAGGCUUUUCCCGGAAUAUAGACCGGCUUCAAGCCCGACGUUCUCCGGGAAUAUUCACUCGAACAGCCACCGUAAGGUUCUGGAGAUGAGGCGGAGGAAGGAGACUGAAGAGGCUGUAUCCGGUCUGGACCGGAAUCAAAUGGCGUCGAGUUGGUGAAUUUGUUGAGAACGAGAAUCAGAUAGUGAUAAGAUAACUUGAUAAGGUAAGGUUAGAUUAGAAACAGGUGAACCAGCCGGUCUGAACCGGGUUUUUUGGUAAAAUAGUCGAUGAUUUUAGUGGUAGUGAGUAACUAGUCAGGUAAGGAAGAUUAGGAAGAAGGCAUUAAUUGUCUGUGACUGUGUCCAUUUUCUAGUGCAGUUAAUUUGUUUAAUUAAAUGAAAUACUACUACUAUAGUUAAAGUCUAGGAUAAGAUUUUUAAAAAAUGUGAGGACAUUUUGGCCCUCAAUUCAAGUUGGAGUAUUUAAUUUCCUUGUUUUGAUUGGAA